AUUUGUUGCUGAUUUGCUUUGGGCAAUAAACAGGGUACUUUAAAGAAUGGGAAAAUAGUUGCAGUAAAGAAACUAGCUCUAAGCCAAUCUAGAAGGGCACAGGCAGAUUUUGCAAGUGAAGUUACACUUAUAAGUAAUGUUCAUCACCGGAAUCUUGUCCGACUACUUGGUUGUUGUAGCAAAGGACCAGAAUUACUUCUUGUUUAUGAAUACAUGGAAAAUACCAGCCUCGACAGAUUCUUAUUUGGUAAAAGAAAAGGAUCUCUGAUUUGGAAACAAAGAUUUGAUAUAAUCCUUGGGACAGCUCAGGGUCUUGCUUAUCUGCAUGAACAGUUUCAUGUAUGCAUUAUACACCGUGACAUAAAACCCAACAAUAUUCUUCUGGAUGAUGAUUUCCAGCCAAAAAUAGCAGAUUUUGGGUUGGCAAGACUUCUGCCUGAAGAUAAAAGUCAUCUAAGCACCAGAUUCGCUGGCACAUUGGGAUACACAGCACCUGAGUAUGCAAUCCAUGGACAAUUAUCAGAAAAGGUGGAUACCUACAGCUAUGGGGUAGUUGUCCUAGAAAUCAUUAGUGGCAAAAAGGGUAGUGAGAUGAUAGCCGACCCUGGCUCUGAUUACCUUCUCAAACGAGCAUGGAAACUAUACGAGAAUGGAACACACCUGGAAUUAGUCGAUGAAAGCUUAGGCCCAGAUGAAUAUGAAGCAGAAGAAGUGAAGAAAAUCAUAGAGAUUGCCUUGAUGUGCACUCAAACUUCACCUGCUUUGAGACCAACAAUGUCAGAAGUGGUUGUUCUACUCAAAAGUACUGGUUCAUUGGAGCACAGGCCACCAACUAGGCCUCCCUUUAUUGAAUCUGAAGAAAGGGUGGUCAUCCAUGGGGACAGGUCCACAUCCACUGCGUCCUCCAAAUCCAAUGCCACUGCUUCUAUAACUCAGGUGUCGGGUCGCUAACCUUUUAGUAUCCACACAUGCUUUAUUACACUUCCUAUGAUACCAAAAGGAUGUUAAUUGGGAUACCACUGACACAUACAAUGUUAUUUAACCACCAAUAUGCAAUAAUUACUGAAGUGCACAACUUCAAGCAAAUAAUUUGACCAUUGAAA